AUGGAGCUGAAGGCAGCCGUCGGAUCGUUCAUCAAUCUCAAUGCCGUGAAGCGUGUGAAGUCAGCUUCCCAAUCUCCUCGUCCCACCUACCCCCCCACACCCCCCUUCCUCCUUUCCCUUUCCCCCCUUCCCCCUCCGCGCCCCUCCGCCCGUCCCUCCCCACCAAGUGCCGGCGAUGAUGGAGCUGAAGGCAGCACUGACGCCGUACAUCAACCUCACGUCGUGAGACUGCCGGCGAUGAUGGAGCUGAAGGCGGCACUGACGCCGUACAUCAACCUCACGUCGUGGACGGCGACGAACCCGUGCUCGUCGUGGUGGCUCAUCACGUGCUGGACCAACGGGCUCGUGCGCCGCAUGGACAUCAGCUCCAAGGCCAUCCAGGGCAACCUGCCCUCCGUCAUCGGCAACCUCACCAGCCUCGAUGAGUUUUUUGCCACCACGAAUUGGUUUAAGGGAUCCCUCCCCGACUCGUUCAGUCGACUCACAGCCAUCAGGAACCUGCAGCUGUUCAAGAACUACUUUGAGGGUCCCAUCCCCAGUUCAUGGGGCAACAUGAAGAACCUCGUGCAGCUGCACCUCAACCUCAACUACUUUUCCGGCGGGCUGCCCGACACCUUCUCGCAGCUGACCAACAUGCAAAAAUUCUAUGUGUCCAGCAACUUGCUCAACUCCUCCUUCCCCACCGUCGUGUGCACCAUGAAGAACCUGCGGGAGCUUCGCCUCAGCUACAACCACUUCACUGGCUCCGUGCCCUCCUGCCUCAGCCAGCUCUCCUACCUCUACUAUCUAUACAUCGACACCAAUAAGCUCACCGGCACUCUCCCUGCCACCAUCGGCGACCUUCCUGCCCUGCAGAACUUGUUCAUCAAUCAGAACAGCCUCAACGGCCCUCUGCCUCCAACCAUCACCAAGCUCACCAACCUGCGCAUCCUCUUCAUGAGCAGCAACCCCUACCUGGAUGGCCCUCUGCCAUCAGACCUGGGCAACAUGGUCAGCCUCACGGACUUCGUGAUGGAGUUUGCAGCCUUCAAUGGCACCAUGCCUGAUUCCAUCACCAAGCUCACUCGCCUCUCCCGCAUUCUGAUGGACAACUGUCGCUUCACGGGCUCCAUCCCACAGGGCAUCAGCAACCUCAAGGCCGCUCACUGUGCUGUAUCUGGAGGGCAACCGCUUCCGUGGCAGCUUCCCCGCUGGCCUUCUCACUCUGCCCAAACUCAACCUGCUGUAAGCCCUCCCUCCCUCACUCAUUCUCGUGGCGGAAGAACACGCACGCUUUUAUUCAAUCUGCAGCACGACACGGCAUGCUCUUCUUGCCAUAACAACCUACACGACAACCAGUUCUCGGGCCCACUCCCUUCAGGCUUCUUCAACGCCACCAUAGUGACCACGGGGCAGAUCAACAUUCACCACAACUACUUCAACGGCCCUGCCACCGUCGUCGCCGGCAGCUCUCCCUUCUGCCCCAAGGACCAGACCCGCAACGGCAUCUUCUACCAGUCGUCCCUCGCAUACAACUGCAUCAAGUAUCCCGCCACCAGUGCAUGCGCGCUCGUGCCCAGGGUCGAGACCCAACUUUCGCUCACCACUUGCCAGGCGUUCUGUGGCGCUGACGUGGCGCCGUGUGGUGGGCACGGCACGUGCUGGUUUGGGGUUGGGCGGAGUGUGUCGUGUGAUUGUGACCCGGGGUAUGUGCCCACCUUGGAUGGGCUGUCCUGUGUUGCGGACACCUCUGGCGUGGUGGUCUGA